AUGGAUGCACAGGAGAGCUGCUCGGGAGUCCAAUACGCGCUGAAGAAAGCCGCUCGCGAGGCAGACAACUUGCAGAAUGAGUUGGCCAGCGCCAACUACCACAGCACACGGCAGCGCCGCUUCAUGGCCGAGGAGGAGACCGAAGCCUCCUGGCAAUACGAGAACACCUGUGAGGCAAAGGAUUCCAACUCGGAAAGCCGACAGUGUGUGGAUGCUCUCGAAGAGGAGCGCCGGCGACUCGUCUUGCGGCUUCAAGAAUUGGAAGAUGCCGAAAGGGAGGGCGACGACCUGGAGGUGAAGCUUGGUCAAGCACGAGACGAGGGUGCCUUUCUGAAGACGGCACUCGGCGACCUCUAUCAGCUUGUGGCGGAUCGGAACGCUGUCCUGGAGACGGUGUGUAGCGAACACAGCGCGUUGCGAAGUACGCUCGAGGAAUCGCAGCAGCAAGCACGCCUGGCUCAGGAUGAGGCGAACGAGCUAGCUCGUGAGAGGGACGAGACGCAUUCGCGGUGCCGUCAAGAGCACGAAGAACUGCAGAAUGCAGAAGUCCGGAUGCGUGAUGCAGAAGGAGCCAUGGAGAGGGAGCACCAGGACACGGAGUCCAAAGUAGUCGAGGCAAGCAGACAUCGUGACACUGCACAUGAGCUGGUUACGAAGCUUAACGACAACAUCACCGCUAAUUUGCAGCAGCGCUUGAAGGGCCUGGAAGACGAAAACAAGCAUCUGCAGGGCAAAAUCUCCUUCCUCGAGGGAGACUGUGACAAGAUCUCUGCCGAGAACACGGAAAUGGAACAGACCAUUGAGGAAGUCAAGAAGAAGCCCAAUUGUGUGAUAUCUUGA